ACCGCCUAAAAAAGCAAUAACUUCUUGUUGUGAUAUCGUGAAUUCGAGACUUCGAGAUUCGUCACUCGAGAGUGUAUGAAUGUAUCCGUGACCAUCCACAGUUCCACACGCACGUAAUAUUGUCAUUGAUUUCUGACAGAGUGCUCGACUGCUCGGUAUCUCACAUACAGUCUUCAGUCUCUCCAUAUAGCACAAACUGCAGAUAUCUAAUAGACCAUAGAACACAACAGGAUCUACAGGCGUAAGUGUGAUACACCACACAUAUUUGACAUUGCAGUAUACACGACACGCACAAUCCCAUGUAAACUCUUUAGCAAUACACAGACAUUUACGAAUUACCAGUUUACUUUAGGACAACAAGCCUCCAGGGGAUCAAUAUUGUAUAAUAUACACUCGUACACUCAGCUAAAGCAAACAGAAUGCCUGCGAGGAUUGAGCCCAAAGUGUUCUUCGCCAAUGAGCGAACCUUUUUAUCAUGGGUCCAUACCGCCGUGCUUAUAUCUGCGUCAGGUCUGGCCAUGAUGCAUUUGUCCCCGGACGACAAGGCCUAUAGAUGGGCCCGUAUUGCCGGUGCCAUGCUGGUGCCCAGUGCCAUGACAUGCUUGGUAUACGGUUUAUGGCUGUACCAAUUCAGGUCUGGCAAGUUAAGUAUUAGAUCGCCGGGUCCGUACCAGGCAUAUCUUGGUCCCAUCUUGGUGUCCCUGGUAUUCCUUAUCGCUUUGAUAUUGAACUUUGCCGUCGCGUUGUCGGAGGAGCCAGGACAGCGCCACAAAAUCAAACCACAUCACUAGUGUCAUAAAGUGUUGUAUAUAUAUAUAUAUAUAUAUAUAUAUAUAUAUAUAUAUAUAUAAAUUUCUAUUGCAAAAUUAUCUAUCUCAUGCCGGGAUAAGUAGUCGAAAAAGAAUACAUGGGUUGUCGUAUUCAAUACUAAGGCACUCUUUUUAUCACCCCCAACGGAUCGCUUCACUCGAUAUUGAUGUUAAUAUAUCUAUGAUUCCGU